UCCCGGGAAGAGCCGGCUCGCCCAGCAUCCAGCACCUUUGGCCACUUCUCCUCCUCUUCCUCCUCCUCCCCCAGCCCUUCUUGUCCUCCUCCCUCACCCAAGGAUACUGGGGACUCCCUCCGGAUGCCGCUCGGCAGGCUCAGCGCUCGCAGCCUGCCUUGCCGGGGGCUCUCCUGAUCUCCGUGGAGCUCCGCAUCACUCGCCCCGGUGGUUUUGCUCCCCCCCGUCCCCACACACACGCACCCCCUCCCUCCUCUCUCCCCCCUCUUUUCGCUCCUGGUGGCCUUGUCGGGUGUGUUUUUUGCCUGUUGGAAAAGUCCCUGCUGCCCAGGAUGGGGGUCGGUGGGUGCUUAGCCCUGCCCUGGAGGUGCCUAGUCGUCCUCUGUCUCAGGCUGCUCUUCCUUGUGCCCGCAGGAGUGCCCGUGCGCAGCGGAGAUGCCACCUUCCCCAAAGCUAUGGACAACGUGACUGUGCGGCAAGGGGAGAGUGCCACGCUCAGGUGCUCCGUGGAUAACCGAGUCACCCGAGUGGCCUGGCUGAACCGCAGCAGCAUCCUCUAUGCCGGCAAUGACAAGUGGUGCUUGGACCCUCGGGUGGUGCUCUUGGCCAACACUAACACCCAGUACAGCAUCCUGAUCAAAGAUGUGGAUGUGUACGAUGAGGGCCCCUACACCUGCUCCGUGCAGACAGACAAUCACCCCAAGACAUCACGCGUUCAUCUCAUCGUGCAAGUGUCUCCAAAAAUCACCGAGAUCUCUUCUGACAUCUCCAUCAACGAAGGCGGCAACGUCAGCCUCACCUGCAUAGCCACGGGCAGGCCAGAUCCAACAAUCACCUGGAGACACAUCUCGCCCAAAGCCGUGGGCUUCAUCAGCGAGGACGAGUACCUGGAGAUCACGGGCAUCACACGGGAGCAGUCGGGCGAAUAUGAGUGCAGUGCCUCCAAUGACGUGGCAGCGCCCGUCGUCCAACGAGUCAAAGUCACCGUCAACUACCCGCCGUACAUCUCGGACGCGAAGAGCACGGGAGUGCCGGUGGGGCAGAAGGGCAUCCUGUUGUGUGAAGCCUCCGCCGUCCCCUCUGCCGACUUCCAGUGGUACAAAGACGACAAGCGGCUGGCUGAAGGACAGAAAGGACUGAAAGUGGAGAACAAAGCCUUCUUCUCCAGACUGACUUUCUUCAAUGUCUCUGAGCAGGACUACGGCAACUACACCUGCGUAGCCUCCAACCAGCUAGGAAACACCAAUGCCAGCAUGAUCCUCUACGGUCCCGGCGCGGUGCACGACGGGAACAACGGCGCGUGGCGGCGAGGCAGCUGCGCGUGGCUGCUGGCCCUCCCGCUCGCCCAGCUCGCCCGCCAGUUUUGACCCCAGAGCCGGCCCGCGGAGUAGCGGCGGCGAUGACCACGGCCAGCGAGCGCAAGCAGAAAGGAGAGGAAGAAGGAGAAGAAGAAGAAGUGUUCACCGUUUCCGAUAAUAAUCAUAUGAAUUGAGAGAGUAUCCGGCCAGGCCACCUGGGGAAGGGGGAGAGAGGAAAAACACGCAAAAAAAAAAUGGGAAUUUGGAAAGGAAAGAGGAAAACAAAACAAAAACAAAUCCAAGGCUUCCUGCUGAAGAUGCAAUGCGACUGAGUCUUUUUCUUUUCCCCUUAUUGUUUUCUUUUGGCUCUCACCCUUUUUCCCCUCCCCGGUUUCGCCGUUCUCUGCCACGGGCCAGCGCGGAGGAUGGAUGGGGACAUCACGGCACUUUCCCAACCCCAUCCCCUUCGCCGCCCCUGCCCACCCGCUCCCUCCCACGGGGACCCCUCUGUCUGGAUGCACCGGUUUUCUUCUUUGCUGAGAUUUCCCCGUCUUCUCAUGGACUGUGCUGCCAUUUGUGUUCCAGAAUAUAUAUAUAUAUAUAUAUAUCUCCAUGUAUACAUAUAUAUAUAUAUGUGUAUAGGUAUAUAGAUCUUCAACAGCUACCACCCCGCCACCAACGGAAAGGGAGGAAGGAGCCCGGCGUCGAGCCACACGCGUUCAUCGUACCACCCGC